AUGUGCAAAUUUACAAAUCGUCUCUUUGUCUUCACGCUGCUGGCGCUAUUUGGUGUGCCCAGAUUGUUGCUGGUGGAUACGGCAACUAUUCGAGCAGAACACAAAAGUGCUGCAGAUGCGAAAAUUCUGGACCUCCUGCCACUUAACGAUUACGAGAACAACUACGAUGUGCACUACGAUCAGCGACAAAAGGGCAAUGAGAAUUUGCGUGUGAAAAUGGACAGUUUCUUUAUUGAAAUGCCGCCAGAGGACACCGAAGGGCUGGCAGAGGACAUAUUGAAGGAAAUUCUAUCCUAUGCACUUUUCCAUGUUGGAGGGGAGGAAUUGCUUUUUGAUCUGGCUGAUGCACAUAGCAGCAGCAGUAGCACAGAGUCCACAGAUAAGACGCAGCAGAAUGAGCUUAGGGCUUUGAAAGAGAACAAACUGGAGAGCUCUGAUCAGCACUUUGAUGGCCAGCAGCAGCGUGAUGGUAUAGAAGAAGCGCCGAAAAACGAAGUGGAAGGCAGAAAUGCGGCAGCGUACAAAAGCGGUGGAUUGUUGGGCGCAAAUAGGGAGCCAGAGUCGAAGCGUGUGGGUGCGAUCACAAAACAGCAUUUUAACACUUUGCUGAAUUUGCUGAAACGUAUGAGGCGCAACUGA